CCGAGCAUGGCCCGACGCUCCGUCUUGGGUUUCAUCCUGCUGAGCGCGCUGAUGGGCAAGAGCAGAGCCUGUUUCUGCGACCAUUACCCAUGGACUGAGUGGUCCAGCUGCUCAAAAACCUGCGACACGGGAACCCAGAGCAGAUACCGACAAGUAGUAAUAAAUGAUUACUACGUGAAGAACUCCUGCAUGCAGCUUUGCACCCUCAGGGAGAUCAGAGAAUGUAACUGGAAAGCUUGUCCUGUCAACUGCCUCCUGGGAGAUUAUGGACCAUGGUCAGACUGUGACCCUUGCGUUGAGAAACAGUUUAAGGUCAGAUCUAUUUUGCGCCCCAGUCAGUUUGGAGGAGAAAAGUGCACGGAGCCCCUGGUGAAUUUUCAACCAUGCAUUCCAUCUAAGCUCUGCAAAAUCACAGAGAUCGACUGCAAGAAUAAAUUCCGUUGCGACAGCGGCCGCUGCAUUGCCAACAAGUUACAGUGCAAUGGAGAAAAUGACUGUGGAGACAACUCAGAUGAAAGGGAUUGUGGGAGGAAAAAGUCAGUGUGCCGACGCAACUAUGAGCCCAUCCCCAACGUAUACAUGAUGGGCGCCGGGUAUAACCUUCUGGCAGGAGAGCCCAGGGGAGAAGUCCUUGAUAACUCUUUCACUGGAGGAAACUGUAAAACCGCCAAAAGUGCUAAAGCAAGUAACCCCUACCGUGUUUCGGCCAAUCUGGAAAACGUCAACUUUGAGACAGAAGUUAAAGAAGAAGAUUUGAAAACAGAGUUCUAUAAGGAUUUAACUCCUGUUGAACAGAGCAAAAAUCAAAAAAGCUUAGGUAGGUACGAAUCGCAGAGCGGUUGGUCCGUGCCAAUUUUUUACUCCUCGACGCAAAGCCAGUCCUCCACCCACAAUUCCGCCUUCAAAGAAGCCAUCCAAGCCUCCCACAAAAAGGAUUCCAGCUUUAUUAGGAUCCACAUGGCCAUCAAAACCUUAAACUUCACCAUGAAAAGUAAAGACCUGCAGCUUUCGAAUGUCUUUCUAAAAGCACUCAACCAGCUGCCUCUGGAAUACAACUAUGCCCUGUACAGCCAGAUAUUCGAGAACUUCGGGACUCACUACUUCACCUCCGGCUCCCUGGGUGGCGUGUAUGACCUCCUGUACCAGUACAGCCGCGAGGAGCUGAAGAACUCAGGUUUAACAGAGAAGGAAUCGCAGAAUUGUAUCCGGAUUGAAACAACAAAACGCAUUCUUUUUUUUAAGAAAAAAACUGUGGAACACCGGUGCACCACCAACAAGAUGUCAGAGAAGUAUGAAGGUUCGAUGUUGCAGGGAGCAGAGAAAUCCAUCUCCCUGGUGCAAGGCGGGAGGAGCGAGGAAGCAGCGGCUUUGGUGUGGGAAAAGGGCACCUCUGGUCCCGGCGAGGGCGUCUUUUCUCAGUGGUUAGAGUCGGUGAAGGAUAAUCCUGUCGUGAUCGACUUCAAGCUCGCUCCCAUCACGGACUUGGUCAGGAACAUCUCCUGCGCAGUGACAAGACGGAACAACCUCAGGAAGGCUUUCCAGGAAUACGCAGCCACGUUUGACCCUUGCCGGUGUGCUCCGUGUCCCAACAACGGCCGCCCCACACUCUCGGGGACCGAAUGUCUGUGCGUGUGCCAGAGCGGCACCUACGGCGACAACUGUGAGAGGCGCGCCCCGGAUUACAAAUCGAAUGCCGUAGACGGGAACUGGGGCUGCUGGUCUUCCUGGAGCCAGUGCGACGUCACCUACAAGAGAUCGAGAACCCGAGUGUGCAACAACCCUGCCCCGCAGCAAGGAGGGAAGCCCUGCCAGGGGGAGAGCCGGCAAGAGGAGCACUGCUCGAUUUCAAUCAUGCAGAGCAAUGGGCAAGUAUGCAUCAACGAUGAUGAAUAUGUGAAAGAAGUAGACCUUCCUGACCUGGAGUCGGACACAGGGUGUCCUCAGCCAGUUCCUCCGGAAAAUGGAUUUAUCCGAAAUGAAAAGAAACUGUACUCAGUUGGGGAAGAUGCUGAAAUCGCAUGCUAUACCGGAUUCAGGCUGGUCGGGUACCAGUACUUCAGUUGUUUGCCAGACAGGACCUGGAAGCAGUUAGACGUGGAAUGCCAACGGGCACAGUGCCUCAAGCCAGUUGUACAAGAAGUGCUGACGCUCUCACCAUUUCAGAUAUCGUAUAAAAUUGGAAAAUCCAUUGAGCUCACCUGUCCCAGAGGCUUUGUCGUUUCUGGGCCAUCAAGGUACACGUGCACUGAGAAUUCCUGGACACCGCCCAUUUCAAAUUCACUCACCUGCGAAAAUGAUAUUCUGGGCAAAUUAAAGGGCCGUUGUCCACUAGGACAAAAGGAAUCAGGAUCUGAAUGCAUAUGUAUGUCUCCAGAAGACUGUAGCCAUUAUUCAGAAGAUCUCUGUGUGUUUGACUCAGACUCCGACAGUUACUUUACUUCACCAGCUUGUACAUUUUUGGCCAAGAAAUGUUUAAAUAAUCAGCAAUUCCAUUUUCUACAUAUUGGUUCCUGCCAAGAUGGUCUACAAUUAGAAUGGGGUCUUGAAAGGACAAAGCUUUCAUUCAACAGUAGCAAGAAAGAACCCUGUGGCUAUGACACCUGCUAUGACUGGGAAAAAUGUUCAGCCUCCACUUCCAGGUGUGUCUGCAGGUUGCCCAGCCAGUGCAUCAAGGGCGGAAACCAACUCUACUGCGUCAGGAUGGGGUCGUCGACUCUCAGUAAGACAGUGAACGUCUGUGAAGUAGGAACUGUAAGAUGUGCCAACAGAAAAGUGGAAAUACUGCAUCCUGGAAGGUGUUUGGUCUAACACAGUUACUGAUGGACAGGUUUACUGUCCAAAAAUAAUCCCUGCAAAAGGGCAUUCUUGUACCAACAGCCUGUCCUACCUUAGCUUCCCCUCCAGGUCCAGCCCAUGACACCCUGUAGCAUAUUCCUAGAUAAUACCUUCCAUAUCAAUCUAGUAAACUCUUUUGUUCAUGUUGCAUUAAAAUGAU